ACUCUUUCUAAACGCAACCAAAGUGUUAUCCAGGAAGCUGGUGCUGUUACUGUUUUAAUAUUGUAUGCUCAUAGGAAGGGUGUUGAUUAAAUAAAUUGAAAGCAAUCUCAAAUCUGCUUGAAGAGCUGCAGACUGUCUAUUGGAGGUAGGGUGACUGAUUCAUAGAAUGGAUGUGGUUUAAACAAAGGCUCCUGCCUUUGGCGCUUGGUGAAAUUAAGGGGCCAGAGACGUAAAGUACUGCUGUUCACAAAGUUACUACUAACUCAGCUGCUUCCCUGAUCACUGAAAGAGGGGAAGAGAUGGGAGACACAGGCAAAGAAGACUAUAAGAUACACUCAUUUGAUACAGAGAUUCAGCAGUUGUUGAAGACAGCACUCAAAGACCCCAGCAGUGUGGAUUUGGAGAGGGUGGCCAAUGUUAUUGUGGAUCAGUCCCUCAAAGACUGUGUGUUCAGCAAAGAGGCAGGGCGCAUCUGUUACACCAUAAUCCAGGCGGAAAGCAAGCAGGUGGGCCAGAGUGUUUUCCGGCGGGGCCUCCUCAACCGCCUUCAACAGGAAUAUAAGGACCGGGAUGAACUGCGAGCUCGUUCCCUCCAGGCCUGGAUUGGCUAUGUCACCUUCAUCUGUAGCAUCUUUGACUACCUGAGAGUCAACAACAUGCCCAUGAUGGCACUGGUGAAUCCAGUUUAUGACUGUCUAUUCCAGCUGGCACAGCCAGAUAGCAUGCGAAAAGAGGAAGAGGUGGACUGUCUGGUGCUGCAGCUACACCGCAUUGGUGAACAGCUGGAGAAGAUGAACUCACAGCGUAUGGACGAACUCUUUUCACUCUUGCGAGAUGGCUUCCUUCUACAGGAGGGCCUCAGCUCCCUUUCCCAGUUGCUACUAUUGGAGAUCAUUGAGUUCCGGGCUGCCGACUGGAAAAUGACAGACGCCGCCCAGAAGUACUAUUACAGUGAGGUCACUGACUGAACCAUUAACCACUGGCACCAGCUCACAAGCAGGUGUCCAUUCCUGCUCUGACCCAUUUUCACCACCAAACAUACAAAGUGAAACAAACGCUGCAAUUUUCAGUUUUUUUCCUAGCACUUUUUGUACAUAGACUCUAUAACAGGUUCCCUCAACAGCUUUUUUGCGCUGGGUAGCUGCCAGCUGAAACUAGGGAGGUAGGAGGGCAGUUGCAUUUAGUGGGGAGAAGGUGUUUUCAAAACUGUUGCUCCUAUUGUAUUGCACUAAAUAAGGACCUAUUCUAAUCACUGUUACAAGAUGGGUGGACAUUUUAAAGAGGGUUGUUUUCUUACUUCCAUAUGCUGAUUUUAAAGUGUGCAAUCUAAAAAGCAAUUAAGCAGUGGUUCAAACCAAUAACCUUAUUCACUCUGAAAGUAGACAGUGAGAUAGGUAUCAUUCUCCAUCUUAUAUUUGGCAGCCUGUUGUUUUUCAUCUCUUCAGCUUCUAUAGCUAACCUCAAUUUUAAAAAGGAAGGUGAUUCUAUAAUCAAAGCACAAGCCUAGAAUUUCAGUUUGUGUCCACUUCAAAUACUCUUAACUACCACUUGCUGGAGGGACAUGAGGAGGAGGGCAGUAUUGAACUGAUGUUCUUCCUAUGGGUAUCCCAGUGGCACCUGUUUGACCCAUUGUGGGAACUGAAUUCUCAACUAGGUAAGACUUUCGUCCUACAUAGUUGAUUCGCUUUAGGUAGCAGGGGAAGGCAAGGCUAGAAUCCUUCACCUUGCUACACUAAAGUGUCACAAGCAAGGAGAUUUUCAUAUAGAACGUUCAAUUGUGCCACUACAAACAAGCAGUCUGUAUGGAACAGUCCAAGGGAAGGCAGAAAAUGUUGUAUUUGCUUACACGAAGUAUGUUCUAUCAAAAUGAAGAGGACCUUGUUUCCAGGAGAACACAUUUGGGAUUGGGACAGGGACAUUUUCUCAUGGUUCUUUGCAUGUAUAUUUUUAGAUUAAGGGUUUACAGCAGUGGUGAGAACCCUAUGGCACUUCAGAUGUGCUGGUCUACAGCUCCCAUGGCCUGAAGGCACCAGAUCGCAUCUUAUCUUGGAAGCUAAGCAGGGUCAGCUCUGGUUAGGACUUGGAUGUAAGACUGCCAACAAAAUGCUGUAGGAUGUACUUCAGAGGAAAGAACUGGCAAACCAGUUCUUUAGUGUUCCUUGCCUAAGAAAACCCUAUGAAAUUCAUGAGGUUGGCAUAAAUUGACAGGCACUUGAACACACAUUUUCCACAGUUCCGUACCACUGGUCAUGGUGGGUGGUUUGUAAGAACUCUACUCUCAAAAUAUCUUGAGGGCUAUAGGUUCUACACCAUUGGGCUACACAACAGCCUCCUGACAUCAAGGGACAAGCAUCACUAUUGUGUGGUUUAGUCAUUAAGAGAAUGUCAUAUAAAGCUGUUGCUCAGUUGCUAGUUUCAUGGAAACCUUGUAAUGCUUCUGCAACUGCACACACACACGUUUGAAUGCAUCAACUGAUUAUUCAGCAGCACCUUGAUUUUUAAUACAGGGUGCCACUAUGAGGUCAUUGAGCCUUCUAUAGUUGCCAGAGGGUGCUACACAAAUUCCUACCUGCAGCCGCCAAUACGCAUGCUGCCUUCUCCCCCAUUUCUAACCCACUCAGGUAUAGCUAACAGCUAAAGCAGUGCCUUCUCCCUCUAACAUACAGUAAGGAAUAUUUGCUGCUCCUUCCCAAUGUUUGAGAGCACAACUCUCACAAUCCUACAUCAUUGGCCACAGAAGAUGGGACUGAUGAGUUGUAGGAUGAAACAUCUGAAAGGCUUUGCUGCACAGUAUGUAAAGCCAAUGGACUCUUCCAGAUCCUCUCUAGCAAAAUUAUUCUAGAGAAGAUAAAACUACAAACAGAUUUUGUAACUUUUAUACAAUUACUUUAAAUUACAGUAUUGUACAUUUCUACUACUAAGAAGGUUGGUUCUCUUUGGAACUUUUUUUAAAAAAAAAAAUAAACAUUUUACACUUCUGCA